CGUUUUACUGACACUGAUCGGAAACCAGCAAAAUGGCCAGCACGACUUCAGGAACUGCCGACGGAUGGAAGGCAAAAUUAAACAAAGCUUUGCAAGAAAAGAAUUUUUUCACCGAUUUAUUGCAAAAGAUCGAAGACAAAACUGGCGUUCGACGCAUGUAUAUAGUAAUUGCUCUGGCAGCAUUUUUGGGCAUUUAUUUAAUGGUAGGAUAUGGAGCACAGUUUGUGUGUAAUUUUGUUGGAUUCCUCUAUCCAGCUUAUGCAUCAGUAAAAGCCAUAGAGAGCAGUCAGAAAGAAGAUGAUACACAAUGGUUGACAUACUGGGUGGUUUAUAGCUUUUUCGCAUUGGUUGAGUUCUUCGCUGACAUUUUCCUGUUCUGGAUCCCAUUUUACUGGUUUCUGAAGUGUGUGUUCUUAGUAUGGUGUAUGGCUCCUAUUGCUUCCAAUGGCUCCCAGAUGAUCUACCAUCGUCUGAUCAAACCUAUUGUCCUCAAGUACCAAAACAAAAUCGAUAGUGCUAUCGACAAGGCUGCUGAUAGACUACAAGAGGUGUUUGGUAAAGCAAAACAAAAAGUUGGUGAUUUUGCUGAAGAUAUAGGAAGAGGAGCUGCUAAUGAUGCUAUAAGGAAAAGAAUGGCUGAUGUCACUAAAGAUGAAUAAAUUUGUGUGUAACCAAGAGGACUAAUGCUCAACCUUCUUCAUUUAAUAAUUGUACAACACCUGGAUUUUUACUCUUAAUUUUUGCAUAUCAGUUUUUUGUAUUAUUUAAUUUUUACUAGAUAAUUUAUCAUCUUGUUUGCCUCCUGUUAUUUAUAGUACAUUCCUUAUUUCUGUUUUUAAGAAAUGCCAACCAUUUAAUAAAAUAAAACAUGUUCAAUUCAUCCAUUAGAUGCUUUGGGUGCAUUGGUUUACAAAUUACAUUAAAAUGACAGAAAACAUCAUGAGCAAGAAAAUGAUAAAAAUGACAUUGGAUUUUCACAAAUAUUACAAGUUAAAUACAUGUACAAAGUGCAAGAAAAAAAUUAUUAGCCUAUUAAAUAGCUUUAGAUUUUCUUAAAAGAAAAUACAUAUGUGCAAGUUUCUUAUAAUCAUUUCUAGUGUUUCACAAGACUUAAUAUUUACUUUCACAAAUGACUAAUCAUAUCAUUACAUAACUUGUAAGUAAAAGUUUGAAGGAUAAAACUCUGCAGCCGUAGUCAGUACAAAAUAAUAUCUUUUUCUUUCAAACUACUUUGCAUUAAUUGGUAGUUUCAGAAUCCAAUGCAGUGAUAUUUUCCCACAUGAACACCAAAACUUUGUGAUUGGCUAACGUCCAAAACAACCAAUGAUGAGAUAUAUAUCCAUCUUGGGGUACGAACAAUGAAAUUGCCUAAACUUCUUUAUAUUCUGAAAACUGUGAAUUAGAAAAGUUGAAUGUAUUAAAGAAAUGUAGAUUUUUAACAUGGAGAAGUGCAAUAAUAUUGAAAUAUGUUUAAAGAAAUGAACCUCUGUUUGAUUUCUGUAUUUUUUUGUUUGAUUUUUCACCAGUUUGUUUAUUCAUCACAGAAACUGUAAAAAAUAUUUCUUUAUAAUUUAUUGCCAGUUUAUUGUUUACUAAAAUUUUUACAUUUUGUACAUAGAAUGUAAUUAUAUUUAAGUGCUUGCCUGUGUGACCUGUACAGAUAUGUGGUUCUCCUAUUUAUAUCAACUCUGAGCAUUUAAUGCCGUUUCUGUUUUAUUUGGAAUCUCAGCGUGAAAUCUGAAUAAUGCAGUGCAUUUAUUCCUUUUUGCUCCUAUUAUGCUAGGUAUUAUUCCAAGUAACUAAAUAAAUAUAUUGAAGUAUAAUGCAUAUGAUCAUGACUAUUAAAUAGAAGAUCUGAAUAAAGACAGGGUAAAAUAUAAUACUGCUCAAUAAUAGUUAAAUAAAAUUUUAUUAAAAAUCAAAAGAGUUGAGUAAAGAAAGAAAUUUCUACACCUGACAUCCAUGAUAUAAUAGGAAUCAUAAUAAUUUUGUAUGUGAGAUUGCUGUUAUCUAGAAAAAGGGUGAAAUUGAAAUUGAGUAAUUUGACACCAGGGGUAAAGAAAUUGUUAAAAGAUAUGAAUGAAGUUAUCUCCCUUUAUUUGAAGAACAAUGAUUAACAGAAACACUGCCACUUCAUGUCUUUAGGCAGUGAGAAAUUUUAGUCUCAAAUCUAACUGUAACCAAGUGAUGAAGCUGAGCUGUUAAAUAACCUCGCUGAAAUUAUUGAGUGUCAGACAUUUGUGUGUGUUUACUCAUACUUAAUUGGACAAGGGAGAUAACAUAUUUUGGCUUUUUCUAGAAGUCAUUUAUUUUUAGCAAACAAUGUAAAAUAGUUAAAUAUAAAAAGGGCUGUGACAUUUAUAUAAAUUUAAUGUAAUGUUUGACUGUUGUUUUUAGUCUGUUUCAAUCUUCUGACUAUAUAUGAACUGAAUGUUGUAUCAUUGUUAAUUAUUUCUAGUCCACAUCAAGAAUGUUUAAUGAAUUCUGUUUUCUUGUACUAUGGUGCCUUAUUAGAACAUGAAUAAUCUAAUUUAGCAGCUAAUGGAAUUUAAAAACAUGCUCUUUGAAAGCAUUCAACUGUGACUAUAUUAUUAGUUCAGUUGUUUUAGAAUUGGUAAAUAGUGUUUGGUAGUAUGAACAUUUAUAAAUAUACAAGAUUAAUUCAGUUUUUAAAAAGGUUUUUCUAACCCUCCCAAAAAACGAACAAAAUUGAGUGAAGAAUGGCUCAAAGCUAUGUACUUUUGUUACAGUUCAAGCACAACUCUUUACCUCACCAUACUAUUUCUAUGCACAAUACAAAUCUAGUGAAAAUGAAUCUGUGUAUCAUAAUUCAUAAAUUAAUGUUGUUAUAUUGUAAAAAAUAUAGUUUAUAGUCAUUCUCUAUAAAUGUGAAAUUACAUAAUAAUAUUUAUAAACUUUCAAAGUUAUUCAGCAUAGUACACAUGUAUAUUACAACCUUGUUAUGAUGGAAUUAUUCACACAGCAAACAUUCAGAUGUUUGAGAGAGCAGAAUCUGCUCUGUUUUGAAGAUAAUUUGAAGAUAUUUAACAAAUAAGAUAGAUUUUAGGAAGAUAAGGCAAUAGCAGAGAACAAAAUAAAUUAAGAGAAAUAUAACAAGGUUUUAAUAUUAGAUUUGAUUCAUCCUGACCAUAUUCCUCUGGUGAAUGUUUUGAACCUUAGAAAAAUUAUUAAAUUUAUAUACACCUGUUAA